CCCAACAGCCCCGGCCGCGUGGACACCCUCCGCGUGGUGCAGGGCCCACGCGAGGUGGAGGUGGCGGCCAGCACGGUGGCCGGGACCCCCGCCCAGAGAGCCCAGGACCUGGAGCCCUACGGAGCGGGCCUGAGGGCGCUCACCACGUCCGGCGUGGGCCCCCAGAACCCGGCGGUCUUCCGCAGCCAUGAGGUGGUGGAGGCCAUGUGCCCUGUCCCCGCCACGCCCGCCGGCCACGUGCACGUGAUCAAAAAGAUCAGCAUCACCGAGCGCGGCUGCAAUGGGACCGCAGGUCCCCCACAGGCUUCUUCCGAGUCUUCCCCGUCCCCCAUGGAGUCAGCCGUGCACCCCGACACCCCCAGCCGGGAGCCAGCCCCACGUGCAGCCCCCUCCCCCCAGCCACAGCAGGCCAGCGGGCCAGGUGGGGACCCCAUGGAGGUGCGGGCCAUCGUGAAGCGCAACGAGGCGGCUGCAGACCCCACAGCCGAGAGGGGGAAUCUCCAGUUUGUGGGGGUUAAUGGCGGGUAUGAGUCCUCAUCCGAAGACUCCAGCACGGCCGAGAACUUCUCAGACGACAGCACCGAGAACGAGGCCCCAGGACCGGAAGCCAGGGUUCCCGGCGAGGCCGGAGCCCCCCAGCAAGCAGCCGUCGGGACAGCGGGCCUCCGGGCCAGCCGCCCGCCCUGCCAGCUGUCUCGGGAGUCUCAGCACGUGCCCACGGCCGAGGGGGCGGCAGGGUCCAACUCGGAGGAGGACAUCCGGAUGGAGCUGAGCCCGGACCUCAUCUCGGCCUGCCUGGCCCUGGAGAAAUACCUGGACAACGCCAACGCGCUCACGGAGCGGGAGCUGAAGGUGGCCUACACCACCGUGCUGCAGGAGUGGCUGCGCCUGGCCUGCCGCAGCGACGCGCACCCCGAGCUCGUGCGCCGCCACCUCGUCACCUUCCGGGCCAUGUCCACGCGCCUGCUGGACUACGUGGUCAACAUCGCCGACAGCAACGGCAACACCGCCCUGCACUACUCCGUGUCCCACGCCAACUUCCCCGUGGUGCGGCAGCUGCUGGACAGCGGUGUGUGCCAGGUGGACAAGCAGAACCGCGCCGGCUACAGCCCCAUCAUGCUCACCGCGCUGGCCACGCUCAAGACGCAGGACGACAUCCAGACGGUGGACCAGCUCUUCCGCCUAGGGGACGUCAACGCCAAGGCCAGCCAGGCGGGGCAGACGGCGCUGAUGCUGGCGGUCAGCCACGGCCGCGUGGACGUGGUGAAGGCGCUGCUGGCCUGCGACGCGGACGUCAACGCCCAGGACGACGACGGCUCCACGGCCCUCAUGUGCGCCUGCGAGCACGGCUUCAAGGAGAUCACGGGGCUGCUGCUGGCCGUGCCCAGCUGCGACAUCGCGCUCACAGACCGCGACGGGAGCACCGCGCUCAUGGUGGCUCUGGACGCCGGGCAGAGCGAGAUCGCGUCCAUGCUGUACUCCCGCUUGAACAUCAAGUGCUCCUUUGCCCCAAUGUCAGACGAUGACAGUCCAGCUUCGUCCUCGGCUGAGGAGUGACCACCAGGGAAAGCCCUGCCCCACCCCCUCUCCUCCCCCCCACCCCCGCCUCCCACUCCCCAAGACCCAGAUCUGAAAGACCAACCGGCGUCUUCACCCCUGGUGGGGGAGCCCCAACAUCUACAGGACUCCAGACCGACGUGGGGUUCCCCCAGCGCUCCCCCCCCCAUUCAAAGGCACCGCAGUACAAACGGAAGCCGAAACCCCCUCCUGGCCGGCGCUGGGGGGUGGGGGGAGAUCAGCAACCGUGGUCGGAGGGGGUGGCGGGGAGAACGGGUGGGGGGAGCAGGAGGGGCUGGAGUCACAGGCUUGCUUCCACACCCCAAAUCUUAGCCUUCAGCAGCCCUGUCCCAAGUGGCUUUGCGGCCCCCCCUGCCCCCCCCGGUUGGUUAUCUUGAGGGACAUAGUUCUGGGGGACCCGGGCCCCCGAUGGAGCUGGGGGGGCUCAGGACGCAACAGCCAAGGCCGCCCCAUGACCCGCAGGUGCUAACCCUUCCCCCCACCACCACCACCACGGAGGCCUUGCUAGAUAGUUCUAGAAAACCCCCAGGACGCACAAGGAGAGGAUCCCGUUCUCAGAGCGGCCCUGCCUGCAGAGCCCCACGCGGGGUGGAGGGGACCCCGGGUUCCACGCGCCCCGUUAGUGCUUGACUU